GAGGGUGACGAGAGGGUGACGAGGUAGAGUAGGAGGGUGACGAGGUAGGAGGUGGACGAGGUAGAGUAGGAGGUGGACGAGGUGGGCGAUGGAGGCAAUGUCCGAGUCGUGUGUGGGCGAGCAAAGCCUCACGGUCACUGAGCAGCAGGCGCCAGGUGACCACGGCCUCACCCUGCGGCUGACGAGGCCACGCGCGGAGCGGAGGGUCGUGUGGACCAGCGACACGAUUGACAACGAGCACCUGGGACGUCGCUCCUCCAAGUGCUGCUGCGUCUACCAGAAGCCGCGCGACUUCGGCGAGAGCUCCUCCGACAGCGAGACGGACGAGGGUGGGGGCAGCUGCGGCAACGCCCACUGCCCCCACGGCCACGCCCACGGCCACCCCGACCCCGCCCACGGCCACGCCCACGGUCACCCCGACCCAGCCCACGGCCACGGACACCCCGACCCCGCCCACGGACACGCCCACGGACACCCCGAC